AUGGCGACCAAGGGGGUAUUCGAUGGCUCGACGGACGAGGACGUCGCUCUUGGGAAUAUGGGGUACGAGCAAGAAUUCAAGCGGUCGUUCGGUCUGUUAGAUAUGGUGGGGUUCAGUUUCAGUAUUGUAACCUGCUGGACAGCCUUAAGCGGCGUCUUCAUCAUUGGCAUCCAGGCAGGUGGUCCACCUGUCAUGAUUUUCGGCUGGAUUGGAGUCUGUGUAAUCACCAUGUUUAUUGCCCUGGCAAUGGCCGAGAUGUGCUCGCGAUGGCCAGUGGCUGGAGGCCAAUACUCAUGGGUGGCUAUGCUAGCACCGCCCCGCAUUUCCCGACAGCUGUCAUAUAUCACUGGAUGGUUCAUGCUGGCCGGACUUCUCGCCAUGGGCGCUGUGAAUAAUUUCGUCGGAUCGAAUUAUAUCCUUGGCCAAGUCAACCUUGUCUUCCCAGAGUUUGUUAUUGAGAGAUGGCAUACCGUAUUGGUUGCCUGGGCCGUGGGCCUAUUUGCUCUCGCCGUCAAUGUAUUCGCACCGCACGCUUUAAAUCAUCUGUCGCGCUUCAUUUUAGUGUGGAAUAUCGCCUCGUUCCUCAUCGUGAUCAUCACCCUCUUAGCAACCAACCACCAAAAGCAAGAUACAGACUUUGUAUUCCUCGAGUUCCGGAACAUGACCGGCCUUAGCGCUUCGAUGGCUACAAUAGUUGGGAUUCUGCAAAGCUUUUUCGGCAUGUGCUGCUAUGAUGCACCCAGCCAUAUGACAGAAGAGAUGACCCACGCCAGCCGAGAUGCGCCAAAGGCCAUUAUUCUGUCGGUCAUCAUGGGGGCUGUAACUGGACUAGCAUUCCUCCUGACGCUGUGUUUUUGUAUGGGUGAUAUCGAAGCAACAGCCAACUCAAGCACCGGGGUUCCCGUCAUUCAGAUCUUCUACGACUCAACACGAAGCAAAGCUGGGGCCUGCAUUCUGGCGAGUAUGAUCACCGUUAUCGUCGUGGUAGCAUCCAUCAGUCUCGUCGCGGAAGGAUCAAGAUCAGUGUAUGCCUUUGCACGAGACCAUGGGCUGCCAUUUUCGGGCUUGUUUUCUCGAGUCGAGCCGAGGAAGAAGGUACCGCUUUACGCCAUUUUUCUUACUGUGCUAGUGCAGCUAGCCUUGAACGCGAUUUACUUUGGCACGGUGACGGGAUUUAACACAGUGGUUUCGAUAGCUACCACGGGAUUUUACGUUUCCUACGGUCUUGUCCUUUUUGCCAGACUACUUGGCUAUUUUUUCGGCAACAAAUGCUCCUUCGACGGACCACAUUCAUUGCCGCCUCCGCUGUCACUUGGUUUCAGUGCGAUUGGCCUGCUAUUUUUGUUAUUCGCUUCUAUUACAUUCAACUUUCCGUCCGAUGCUCCGGUCACCUCCGAAUCAAUGAAUUAUACCAGCGCAGCUAUCGGACUGUUGACAUUGCUUAGCCUUGUGACCUGGUUUACUACUGCAACAAAUCAGUUUGCUGGGCCUUCGGAUGUCAGACAUUUGGUCGUGGACGGCGUAGAAAGCUCACCGACAUUGCAGUCCGCCGAUGAUGUUGGCCUGGGGACAAACAAGGGAGAAUAA